GCAGUCGUGUCCUUUUUAGACAAGCGUCAGCUUUGUGGGACCUCUUCUCAAGUUUUGACCAAUUCAUACGCCGACUGUCUGCUGUUCAUUUGACGUGAAUAUCAGCUGCAAGAAGGGCACAGGCUUUCAGCUCGCGUAAGGACAGAUAUAACAAAAUGCCUGGACCAGCAGCAAGUGCAACCAAUGUUGGGGCCUCGAGCCGUUCCCCCAGCAAGACGGUGGCCCCCCGUGCAGCAGGCUCCACAGUCAGACAGAGGAAAGCCACCAGCAGCGGUACACGCAGUGGUGGUAGGACCACAGGAUCGGCAGGCACUGGUGGCAUGUGGCGCUUCUACACAGAAGAUUCACCCGGCCUCAAAGUCGGCCCGGUGCCAGUGCUGGUGAUGAGCCUACUCUUCAUUGCUUCAGUGUUCAUGUUGCACAUCUGGGGGAAGUACACCCGCUCUUAAAACCCCACCUGAUGACCUCUGACCCUGCGCCUCGGCUUCUUAACACAUUGGACCUGGACCAAACAACAAAUGAACAACAACCUUAUUCCCCUAGUUCCCUUCUUCACUCUCAGAACAUCACACACAAACACACAAAACUGGAUUUUUAUCUUCAUCUGCAAUGGCGUUGGUACCCACCUUGUUGCUUUUGCUAAUCUUGAAGAUCUGACGGGGUGAACAGGAGGAAGCCAUGCUAACACACACCUCACAUGUGAGAUCUGUGUGUGUAUGUGUGUGUGUGGUCCUCACUCCAACAGCAGCAUGUUCCUGCCACUGUUGCAUGAAGGUUUAGUGAUCAAGGACAUUGUUGUUUUCAGGCCCCAGCAAACAUUUCCUCUUGUCGCCUGAAUUUUUUUCGUUUUUUUUUUUGAUAACAGCAUUUGUACAAAUGUGAUUGUAAUAUUGUACAAUAAAAAAGUAAAA